GGCCCGGCACGCGUGUUCCUCCCGGCUCGGCUCCCGGGGCAGCCGGGGUACCCGGAGUCUCCGAGCGCCCCGUCCCGGAGGUGGGGGGGAGAGGGGGGCUGUACCACCCCCGAAACCCGCACACCCUCUCCCGAGCCGCAGGGGCACAACGUGGGGGGCCGUCCCACGGCACCGGCAAGAGCCGGGAGGGAUCCGGUCACCCUCCGACGACUUCCCCCCGUGCCCCCCCGGCACGGACUCAGCCGCCCGCUGCCGGGAGCGGGGUGCCCCCGUCAAGGCCGCUUGCAGCGGGGAGGGGACGGGGCACCCCACCUCGCUGGUGGGGGCUGCCCAGACCCCUCCUCCCUCACCUCCCGUGGGCAGCACGUCAGCAGGUCACCGCGGGGAGGGCCGAGCCUGUCCCGCGGGGGGCGGAACACGCACCCCGGCUGCCCUGGCACCGGGCGGCGCUGGACCUCCGGGCCAGCAGGGGGCGCUCCGCCGCGCGGCCGCCGCGCCCCUGGGUAUCAACCGCAGACCGGAAGCGGCAGCCCUUUCCCGGCGGAGCGCAGCCAUGGCCCGUGGCCCCAAGAAGCACCUGAAGCGCGUGGCUGCGCCCAAGCACUGGAUGCUGGACAAACUGACGGGCGUCUUCGCACCCCGUCCAUCGACAGGCCCUCACAAACUGAGGGAAUGCCUUCCGCUCAUCAUCUUCCUGCGGAACAGGCUGAAGUAUGCCCUGACAGGAGAUGAGGUCAAGAAGAUCUGCAUGCAGAGGUUCAUCAAGAUAGAUGGCAAAGUCCGUACAGACAUCACCUACCCUGCAGGCUUCAUGGAUGUCAUCAGCAUCGAGAAGACAGGUGAGCAUUUCCGCUUGGUGUACGAUACCAAGGGCCGGUUUGCUGUUCACCGCAUCACAGCUGAAGAGGCCAAGUACAAGCUGUGCAAGGUGAGGAAGAUCUUUGUGGGCACCAAAGGAAUCCCUCAUCUGGUCACCCACGAUGCUCGUACCAUCCGCUAUCCAGACCCCCUCAUCAAGGUGAAUGAUACGGUCCAAAUUGACCUGGAGACAGGCAAGAUCACAGAUUUCAUCAAGUUUGACACAGGUAACCUGUGCAUGGUGACCGGCGGUGCCAACUUGGGUCGUAUUGGGGUGAUCACCAACCGGGAGAGACACCCUGGCUCGUUUGACGUGGUUCACGUGAAGGACGCCAAUGGCAAUAGCUUUGCCACCAGGCUCUCCAACAUCUUUGUUAUUGGCAAAGGUAACAAGCCGUGGAUCUCCCUGCCCCGUGGAAAGGGCAUCCGCCUGACCAUUGCUGAAGAGAGAGACAAGAGACUGGCAGCCAAGCAGAGCAGCGGGUGAACUCCGGCUCGGGCCGGCAGUGGUCCUUUCAGUCUAUUAAUUAAACCGUUUCCCAAAUGGC